AUUUUUAAACGCUGCUCAAAGUCUCAUGAUGUGUCACAUUUCCAGCACAUAAAACGACACGUUGUGGUAGAAAAAAGGGACUCUCCUCGCUAGCAUGGCUCUGGAAGUUUUCCACAAGGAUGAAACUCUGGAAAUGCGCAGGAAGUUGAUCGGGCAGUCCUGCAGACUGUUUUUCUCGCACGACCCCGUGAAAAUAAUACGAGCACGCGGUCAGUAUUUAUAUGACGAGAACGGCGUGCAGUACCUAGAUUGCAUUAGCAACGUUCAACAUGUUGGUCACUGUCAUCCCAGCAUCACUAAGGCUGCUGCUGCCCAGAUGGAUCUUCUUAACGCAAACACUAGAUUCCUCCAUGAUAAUAUAGUGCAAUAUGCAAAACGGCUGGCAGCCACUCUUCCAAAAAAGCUUUGUGUCUUCUAUUUUGUUAACUCAGGUUCAGAAGCUAAUGAUCUUGCAUUGCGUCUGGCCCGUCAGUAUACCCAACAUCAGGAUGUCAUAGUGCUGGAUCAUGCAUAUCAUGGACAUCUCACCUCGCUCAUUGACAUCAGCCCAUACAAGUUCCGGAAGUUGGAGGGCCAAAAAGAGUGGGUUCAUGUGGCGCCACUACCUGACACUUACCACGGUAUCUACCGGGAGGAUCAUCCCAACCCGGGACAGGCUUACGCAGACACAUUGAAAAGCAUUAUUGAAGAGGUGCAUAAGAAAGGCCGCAAGAUUUCAGCUUUUUUUGCUGAGGCUUUACCAAGUGUUGGUGGCCAGAUCAUUUUUCCAUCUGGUUAUUGUAAAAGAGUAGCAGAAUAUGUUCAUGAGGCGGGGGGAGUUUACGUAGCAGAUGAGGUUCAGACAGGCUUUGGUCGUGUUGGGAGUCAUUUCUGGGCUUUUCAGCUUCAAGGUGAAGACUUUUGCCCGGACAUUGUGACUAUGGGCAAACCAAUGGGCAAUGGACACCCGCUUUCAUGUGUGGCCACUACAGAGGAGAUAGCUGGUACCUUUACAGCCAAUGGCGUGGAGUACUUCAACACCUUUGGUGGCAACCCAGUGUCCUGUGCCAUUGGUUUGGCAGUUUUAGAUGUAAUAGAAAAUGAGGACCUGAGAGGAAAUGCUCUUCGUGUUGGAGAUCACCUGAGACAUCUGCUUAGUCAACUUCAGACUAAACAUUUGAUCAUCGGAGAUGUGCGGUUCGUAAGAAAUUAUGAAAUAUGUCAUAUAUUUAAGAACAUUUUAUUAUGCCAAAUUCUCCUUUUUUGCAGUGGUGUAGGACUGUUUGUAGGUAUGGAGCUGGUUAAAGACAGAGUUUCCAGACAACCAGCAACAGAAGAAGCAGCACAGCUUGUUGGAAGGCUGAAAGAAGAGCGUGUAGUUAUGAGCACUGAUGGACCGUGGGAUAGUGUCAUCAAAUUCAAACCUCCCAUGUGCUUCAGUAUGGAGGAUGCAGACAGAGUCACUAUGUGCAUUGACCAAAUUCUCACAGAACUGGAGAGCAAAUAGAAGACUGGAAAAGGUUUAACAUUUAACCCCAGGACAAUUUUUAAUGCAGUACAUAUUUUACAUUCCACAUAUAAGAUCGAAUUAUGCAUUAACUGAAAUAAAUAAUAUUUAAUGUGGUUUGCAUUUGUGAACAUAAACCUGUUUAUAUUCAGUAAAACGAAUACUCAGAGAAGAAGGGAAUUUCAGAGAAUUGCAGUUAAUCGCUGGACUCUGAAAUCUCACCUAUACAUUUUACAUGACAAAUAGUAAACUAAUAAUUUAAUGUACUUUCAUAUUAUACAGUGAUGUACAAAGAUAUGUGGCACUUUUUGUACACUUUUGUUUAACAUUUAUAUGCAUGCAUUUGGCAGACACGUUUGUUCAAAUCGACUUAUUACAGUGCAGUCAAGGUAUACAUUUUUAUCAGUACUGUAUAUGUGUUCACUGGGAAUCUAACCCUGCUGCUGGUAACACAAUGCUCCACCAAUCAAGCUACUUGAACUGUUCAUUGUGAUUUUUGCACCCUGGACCACACCAGUCAUAAGGGUCAGUUUUUUUAAAUUAAGAUUUAUAUAUAUCAUCUGAAAUCUAAAUAAAUGAUCAUCCCAUUGAUGUAAGGUUUGUUAUGAUUGGACAAUAUUUGGCCGAGAUGCAACUAUUUGAAAAUCUAGGGUGCAAAAAAAUCAAAUAUUGAGAAAAUCGCCUUUCAAGUUGUCCAUCAGAGGCGCUAUAGCAGGCCUUUGGCUCUAUUGGCUCACUGCUGUAAUAAUGUUGUGGAGAGUUGAUGAACCUGAAAGCAAAAGUUCUGAACUUUGCAUAGGAACCAAACUUGAGUGGGUAAUUCCCAAAGAGCAGGCAGCAGCGAGAAGUUUGUAGACGUGUUUCCGGCUUUUUUUGUUCACGAUUUGAAGCAUCCACUCAAAAAGUUCUGAUAUAUUUACAGUUGAAAAUGUACAAAAUAUCUUCACGGAACAUGAUCUUUACUUAAUAUCCUAAUGAUUUUUGGCAUAAAAGAACAAUCACAUUAAUUUUGACCCAUACACAAUGUACUGCUACAAAUAUACCCGUGCUAAUUAUGACUAGUUUUGUGGUCCAGGGUCACAUAGUCUUUGUAUCAAAAUAGUACUUACUAAGUGUUAUGGUAGUAUUAAAUAAUUACAAAGCAUACAUUUUGAAAUGUGUAGAUGUUUAAAUUACGCUGUUUCGUUCAUUAAUUUACAAUAUUCUUUGUGUAAUAUCUGUGGUCCCUGACUGAGAAUAAAAAGGCACAUUUUCUGGUGUAUGUAGCAGAAU